GUUAUUUAUAUCCGCCUAAUUUAGAUGUUUAUCUAGAAGAUUCAUUGAUUUAUGAUAUUCUUGGAAUAUCUAAUAAUUUAAUACAAAUUUUAACGAAAUUCAAUACAUCCAUUAAUAAUAAUAAUAAUUUAAUUAGUUCAUCAUUGAAACCAAUGGAUCAAACUUAUUUCUUAUGUAGACAAUUAACAAUUGAUUCAUUUAAAAUUAAUUUAAGUUUACAUGCAAUGUUACGUUUGUAUUUAUCUUGUCAUUCAGCUCCAUUACAUUUCACUUCAUUUAAACUGAUUAAUACUGAGAAUGAGUAUCUUAAUAAUGUUGAGCAUUAUCAUCAUCAACAACAUGAUUCAAAUAUUUUAUCUGGUUCAUUAAUUUAUUGGAAUUCAGUGAAAUAUUUAUUAACAAUGCAUUAUAUUACUCAAAUGUUAUUUCGUUCUGGUUGGUUAGUUGGCAGUUUAGAUUUAUUAGGUAAUGUGACUGGUCUGUUGUAUUCUCUGAUUAAUGGUCUUAAUGAUUUAAUACAUUUACGUUCAUCAAAUGAGGAUGAUGAGAAUAAUGAUGGUGAAAAUGUUACAAUGAUUAACUUGUCUGAUAAAAAUCUAUUUGUAUGUCAACAAAAUAUUGAUUUCUCAUCUUCUACUGUGGCAAUGUCGAUCGGUACUGUUGCAUCUGAUUCGACUACGUUUUCAUUGAAAUAUAAUCGAAAUGUUGGAUUUAUAUAUCGUCUUACUCAAGGGCUUAGUUCACUUACACGUCGAACAACUGGUGGAUUAUUGUUGUCUAUCAGUGGCAUAGCCUCUAGUUUAGCUAGAAACUUGGAUUAUCUUUCUCUUGAUCCUCAUUAUGAACAACACCAAGAUCAUAUUCGACGACAUCAUACACCUAAAGGAUUUAGUGAAGGUAUUCAACAAGGAUUGAGCAGUUUAGGUUUGUGUUUACUGAGCGCUAUAGCCGGAGUGGCUGACCAACCAUUACAAGCCAUUUUUAAAACAAUGGACAAUACAAUUGUUUACUCAGAUAGUAUUUUUAAUUCAUCUGUUGACAGUCAAUCAACUCCUAAUUUCUUGUUGUCUACCCUUGGUGGUUUUGGUCGUGGUCUUGUCGGAGUGGUCACUAAACCUGUUGCUGGAGCUGCAGAAUUAAUUGCUCAAACUAGCAAAGGUUUGUUGCAUGGUACAAACAACUCAGCAGAGAUAAUUAUACCAAGUAAAUAUGGAGAACCAUAUAUUUCAUCUGAAAUCGGUUUGCGUUUACAAUAUCAAAAUGUAGACGUUAUGAUACUCCGUUAUUGGGGAUCAGUUGCACUCAGAUAUGUACAGUCAAAUGUUUCAAAUUCUAAUUAUCAUGACAAUGAAGAAUUAUCAAUCUGCUCUUGGUUUACUACUGGAAUUUAUAAUCACAAUAAUGAAAAUUAUUCUAUAGCACAGUCACAUAUUGUAAAUGAUACACUUCUUUGGAUAUCAGCAUCAUUAGAUCCGAAUAUUGUUUACGCAUCUGUUAUCACAAAUGAAAUUAAUAAUUCUUACUUCUCAUGGUUUGAACAAUUUCCUAAUGAAGUUUUGAGGCGUUUCAUUGACACUAUCAUCGGAUUCGACUCGAAAUUCGUGGAAAUAAUUGAUACUUCUGUUAAUGACAACUUUCAUUAGUAAAUACUCAUAAUAAUUCCGUAAGUGAUAUGAAUAGUUCACUCAACAAUCAGCCAUUCGAUAUUUCCAUCAGUGAUUCCUGGAAAUGGAUUGAUCAUAUCCAAUUCACUUCAUCAAAUGACAUACACUGUUUAAAAUCAAUUAUUCAAAAGUUCUGGUUGAUAGGUGAAAGAUUGAAAAAAUCGACUCAUCAAAAUAAUACAGAGUUAAAUUCUAGUUCACUUCAAGAACAACAUACUCUUCGUGAUAGUAAUUCUGUUGAUUCAACAUCAGAUAUGAAUUCCGCAGAUCUUUUUUCAUCCGAUCGACAUAAUUCUAGGUGGAAACGUGUUACAGAAUAUUUGAUAGGUAUGAGUUCAACUGAUCUUAUUCAUGUUUAACUAGGCUUUUUUGUACGUUUCUGUUCUCUUGUUGUUUCCAGACAAGAUAAACACUGUGAUUCAAAUUCUCUCGAUGUGAUAAUUUUUUUCUAGCAAAUGUGAUUCUCACUAUAAUAUUUUCAGAUCUUAGUAAUAAAUUCUAUUUUUUUACUAUUUCUGUACACGUUUUUUCUUCAAAGUUGAACAUUUCUACAUUUUUAAGCUUCACAUCAGUUUUGUUAAAAGUUGUUAGAUAAUUUACAAACAGUUAUGUAUAUAUUAAAUGUUUUGGGAACGAGAAGUUAAAAUAAAUGGUUUAAACUAC